AUGCAGGGAUUCAAUAAGUACUACCCGCCCGACUAUGACCCGAGCAAACACACCAGCUUGAACGCGUACAGAGGGAAACAUGCUCUUGGAGACAGAGCUCGCAAACUUGACAAGGGAAUCCUCAUAACUCGUUUUGAGCUACCUUUCAACAUCUGGUGUAAUGGCUGCAACAACCACAUUGGCAUGGGCGUUCGGUACAAUGCAGAGAAAAAGAAAAUAGGCAACUACUACUCAACACCGAUAUUCUCAUUCCGGUGCAAAUGCCAUCUCUGUGUUAACUGGUUCACAAUCGAGACCGACCCGAAGAACACUCAAUAUAUUGUUACCUCGGGUGCACGAAAGAAGGAUGAAGAUUGGGAUCCAGAAGAAAAUGGAGGGUUUAAGAUACACGAUCCUGACAAAGAAGGUCCUUCGGAUCCUUUGGCUGCAUUAGAGAAAGAGACACAGGCUCAGACGCUUCUCAAUACUGUUCAGAAGCCUCGAAUAGAGGCACUACAAGAAGUUUCGGAGCAUUAUAACAGCGACCCGUACACCCUUUCUUUGCGUGCACGAAAGCGUUUCCGCGCAGAGAAGAAACUCGACAAGGCUCGUAGAGAUGCAGAUGACGCCGUGAAAGGGAAAUACGCGUUACCUGAAUCGUUAACACUGGUUGCGGAUGACGAUACUGCCAGAGCCGAAGCGAGGGAAGCUUUUGCAGUCGGAAGAAGUGAACAGCGUGCAGACAGGGAUGCGAAGAGACGACGACUUGACGCAGAAGUCGGUCCACUUGGGUCAAUCGUGUCCGCUUCUGGUGCUUCUGGCUCGCAAUCGCAAUCACGGACGACCUUACCAGACCGUACAAAUCGUCUUUCUGUUAAAGCGAGACCUUCGACAGAAUCUGCCGCCGAAGCUUCGUUUUCCUUACGGAAUCGGCUCCUACAAAAUACCGCUCGCCACUCUGACCCGUUUCUGAGACAGAGUAGUAGUAGGACUAAGCCUCCAGAUGCAAAGUCCUUAGGCGUGAAUUUGAAGAGAUAACUAUACCGACGCUGUAUCUCUAUCGCUAUCUUUGCUUCUUCCUGUUUCCUCUCCCGUUAUAAUUUUUUCUUCGCCUCUUAGAUUGUAAUAUGGGUGUGUAGUUGAAGUUUGUAUUUAACACUAUUGGAGUUGUGUAGUUUACA